CCGUCGUCGUCGUCGGCGGCGAUCGGGCUGCUGCGGCGGCGGCCCGGCGGCGGAGAUGCCAGGAGCUGCGCACGGAGUCUGACCGACCCGUCACCAUGGGCUGGCCGGUCAGUGCCGGAUUGAUGAGAGCUCUGCUCAGCGUGGCCAUCACCACCACAUUCUUCGUCAGUGUGGUCGGCAUCAACUUCCGGGAGAAGGAGAAACGCAUCCUGGACAACAUCCUGUCGCAGGGCAGCGGAAACUCGAGCGGAUACGACAAGCGAAUUCGACCUUCCGGCGUUAAUGUGGACCAACCCACACAUGUGUCCGUGAACCUCCUCAUCAGGUCGAUCAGUAAAAUAGAUGACUACAGCAUGGAGUACAGCGUACAGCUGCUGUUCCGAGAGAAGUGGAACGACGAACGGCUCAAGUUCGACGACAUGGGAGGUCGAGUCAACUACCUAACACUGACCGACCCGCGCCGAAUCUGGAUGCCCGACCUGUUCUUCAAGAACGAGAAGACAGGCCACCUGCACGAGAUCACCAUGCCCAACAUGUAUAUCCGGAUAUUCGCCGACGGGGGUGUGCUCUACAGUGUCAGAAUAUCGCUGACGCUGUCGUGCCCUAUGGACCUGAAACUGUAUCCGCUCGACAAACAGACGUGCUCGCUGAAAAUGGCUAGCUACGCCUGGAAAACGGACGAUCUGAUAUUCGUGUGGAAGGAGGGUGACCCGGUGCAGAUUGACGACGGCCUCCACCUGCCGCGGUUCACGCUGGAAAAGUUCCAGACGGCCUACUGCAACAGCAAGACAAACACAGGCGAGUACAGCUGCCUGACGGUGGACCUGCUGUUCAAGCGCGAGUUCUCCUACUACCUGAUCCAGAUCUACGUGCCCUGCUGCAUGCUGGUGAUCGUGUCGUGGGUGUCGUUCUGGCUGGACCAGAACGCCGUGCCGGCGCGCGUCUCACUGGGCGUCACCACGCUGCUCACCAUGGCCACCCAGACGUCCGGCAUCAACGCCGCACUGCCGCCCGUCUCCUACACAAAGGCCAUCGACGUGUGGACCGGCGUGUGUCUCAUGUUUGUGUUCGGCGCCAUGCUCGAGUUCGCGCUGGUCAACUACGCCAGCCGCUCGGACAUGCACCGCGAGACGCUGAAGCGGGGUCGCGGCCGGCCGCCGCCGCCGCCCCCCGAGCACGACCACCAGCACACGUCGCUGGGCGAGCUGGGGGACCACGGCGACGACGGACAGACCGCCUACGCCAUGCGGCCACUGGUGCACCGCGCCGACCGUGGCAACAGCGGCGGUUUCGACAAGAGUCGUCAGUGUGAGAUUCACAUGCAGGUCGGCGGCGGCCACAAGGGCUGCUGCCGCAGCUGGCUAUCCAAGUUCCCGACGCGCUCGAAACGGAUAGACGUCAUCGCCCGGAUCACCUUUCCGCUGGUGUUCGCCCUGUUCAACAUGAUCUACUGGGCGACGUACAUCUUCCAGGACGGUGGCCAGGAGAUGAAGUGAGCCUCCGCGGCACACGGACAAACUCUGGCGACCCGGCGCGACCGGCAACGCCAGCACGCUGUGCCAAUGUUUCCACUUUCACAGAUGUGUAUGCGAGGUAGUGAUACAUAUAUCAGCUAGCGGUACACGAGCAUGGAGUGUAUGGGGUGAAUGGCAGUCCGCAUACCGCGGGAUAGAUUACCGGGCUGACUGAGUGGACCCCGGGACGGAAUACUAGCCGCGUCUCUCGUGCAACCCAUCGAAAAGUGGUGGUUUCAAUGCUCAUACCUCGACGGACCGACUGUGGUGGCCCCUCACCGGUGGACUGACGGCUGGGCGGCCUGACCGGGACGGCCACCGCGAUUGUGAUACUGACAAUGUGCUGCGGUGACAAUCCUGCGCCGCCAGUCGCUCGGCUGGACGAUCGGCGCGAGCGACGUGGCUCCCCUGCUGUUACGAGUUGUCUCACGUUUAUAAGAGCUCCGCCCAACCGUUGGCGUUACUGCGCGGUAGAGUUUAUCGUCUUCUCGGCGGGAGGGGCGCGCUCGGGGGCUCGUUCGAGUGUUACGAACGGUCGGACCGGGCCGAUCCACUGCUGUCAGGAUGCCGACUGUCCGAUCGGCUAAUUGCCGGUUGGAACGGAGCGAGUGGACGCCCCGUAACGCGUUGCUCAGACGCCGGCCGGCCGCUGGGGUGGUGCGCUGUCUUUCGUUGGCGGUGGGCUCGCUUCCCGCCGCCCGGUGUGUGCCCCGCGCCGCGGCCGGCACACUGGCUCACUGCGCGCUCUGAGUUGCCGCGGCGCCGCUGCUCGGGCGCGUCUCGUUGUGUGUGCUCUCUGACUGUUCUGUUUCCGUGCUCCGUGUCGGUUACCCGGGUGUGGGGCAGCCGGGGAGGCGUCGCCCACGUCUCGGUGUGAGCUGUCGCCGCCCGGGAGCGGCUGUUUCUGUUGGCCGCUGGGUGACUGCUAACUCGCCGCGGCGCUCUGUUUCCGCCCCGGGAGGUGGUCGUCUCGGGUUGUCCCCGACUGGCCGGUCGUGGUCACACAUUCCACCAGCGCUAACCUCAGGCAAAACGAACCGACUCUGUGUUCAUGUAGCGACAACGCACCCCGGGGCGAGUUUUGUAACGGCUCGACCAAGUCACUGGGAGAGCGAUUAUCAGUUACGGGAGCUAGAAACGAGUAGUGGGGUUGAGUGUAUUUGCAUUGUGUUCUCCGCUUAUUGUUACUCGAGGAGAUUUAACUCGUAGUUCCAAUCUUCUGAUCCACGAAAUAGUCCGUCAAUGUAAACUCCCGUCGAACUAAGCUCGGUCAAUGGUGCGGACAUUCACAUACAUCGCACACACGUCUCAUCCUAGGGUCCGACACAUCUCAUCACUAGUGUCUGAAGUCAUUUCGACAUGCGCACACCGGCAGGGCGCGCCCCCGUGGUGCCAGCGCCGCUCUCAACGGCCCGUUGUUGGGUAGGUGUUAGUUCGCGUCAUUUUAAUAAAUAAACUGAGAAAAAGUGUUUGUAAAGGAUCUAUGAUCGGAGGCUGCUCCCGUGUUUGAUACUGUUGCAUGACUUGGACGGUGUGUUCGGUGAGCGCACCGCGUUGACACGUGAGUCCUCUCACGCCAACUCCCCUAGCGCUGAGCGGACGUGUCCUGUCGCUCCGUUCAGCACCUCUGUCACUGUCACCUCUCUUUGACAUCUGCGGAUCAAUCAGCGCGCUGUGAGGGCGCUCUCCGCGCGCGCCUGUGAAGUCGGCCGGUCCCGAGGGAGCGGCGCGCCGCGCUCCGACCAACUCAUUACCCGCCGGCACACCUACAAAUGUCGCCACAAUUUGCCGCCGGACGCGAGCUCAAUAGGCGAUGAUUAACGUCAGGACGGCGCGCGCUGCAGUCACGGCCGACGCCGGCUUGGCACGGCGCGGCCGCCGACUCAGCACUGCGGCGCCUCCUUCAAACCAGGGAGGAUGGCGGACAGCCGUCGCGGCGGCGUCCGGCUAAGACUGGCGGGCUUACUUCCAGGGCUCAGUGGGUGAAACUAACUCGGACCAUGCGGAUGAACUUUAUAGACUCGCUAAUGUAAUUUCAAUGCAAAACAUCAGCUCGAUGACAUUUUGGUACUUGAGCAGUCCCAUGUAUCGAUAGAGAAUUCUUAAUCUUUAAAGGCUCACGGACGAUAUCUGCCGAACCAAUAUUUAUGCUGAAACUGUUGACUUGAAAGCACAGGCCAAGUGCAGCAAAGGCAUAGACCUUUUCAAGGGCGUUACGAGCAUUGGACUAAUUGAACAACUUGUGGUAUCGAGUGGUAGGAGUUGUACACUAAUGUGACAGUAAACUAGCAACUUAGCUUCACUACUUCUCUUCAGCUCUGAAUCUGAAGAGCUCGGAGAAAAAGUUGACGACCAUCAACCGCCCGACGUGCUGCUCCGUCUGCGUCCGUCUUGUGGCGUCGCUGUUCCGGUCUCUGGGUCCUCGGCUGCUGCCGGUCGGGACACCUCACCAAUAACAGCGCAGCGGAUUAAUGACGGCCAUUUCGCCGAGGCGACGGUCGCUGUUUUGCCGUGCGAUGAAACGACGCCAUUGUCGCUCGAGAAAUUCGCCAAUGUUUGCCCAGACCAGGCCACUGAGAGAAAUUCUCUCAUGAUAUCGCGAUGCCUCGGUCACUCAGAAGCCCCGCUUGGUUUCACUUCUGACAACAAAAGAAAGCCUGAUAUGAAACGCAAUAACAAAAAGGAACACCAAAUUGACAGUGAUGUGGAGAAAACAGCGGCGAAACCCUUCUACCCGUCGGCGAUAUGCGCGAUCGCGGCUCUCCCAUCGAGAAGAGGGCGGUCUCGACCGCCCGCAGCAUAUUUC